ACACAGUCGCUGGGGCUGGUGGGACGUUACCUCUACCUGCUCUUCAGACCCAUGCCCCACAAGCACUUCCUCGUCCACCUGGACGUCACCACCCAGGAAAACCAGGUGGUCCGCAUCUCUUUCUCGACCCUCUUCAAGGAGUUCAGGUCCACGGCCACCUGGCUCCAGUUCCCCUUCAUCUGCGAAACGGACCAGGGCUCAGCGGCCGACCGCCCGGCCCGGCGCGACCUGCUGGGUGCAGCCCCCGCAGACGUGCGCUGGAUCUGCCUGGUGCUGGACCUCCGCUCCAUCCUCUCCCUCUACCUCAACCGCCGCUACAGCCACCUGAAGAGUGUCAAGCUCUGCUCCAACCUCCUGGUGAAAAACCUCUGCACCAGCGACUUGGUGUUUGAACCAGGUGUGACCUUCUCCGAGGCACGUCGAGCCGAGCUGGCCUGCCGCGGGGUGGCUCCCAUGCCACGGGAAAUGGCUUUCCCUGUGCCCAAGGGAGAGAACUGGCAUGAUCUCUACGACUACAUUAGGUUCCCAUCUGAGGGGUCCAAGCUGCCAUACGACUCCAUCCAGAAGAGCUGCCCUGGUCCCGAGGCAGGUGGCCAAGUCUCGGAGGACUCUGUCCACCAGCUGCCCCAGCCGGUGAUGCUCACUAAAGUGGGCCGCGACCGACUGUCCCUCGUCCAUCAGAUAACCAGCCCCGAAGCUGUGCCACGCCGGCGUCCCGUAAUUACGAAAAGCAUCCCUGAAGUUCAUCUGACAGCCUCAGGGCCUCCAAGAGCCACGCCUGCUGCAGACCAGGAGCUAGAGAAGAACCUGAGACCGUGCAGUGCGGGGCAGUUGUCGGCAGUCAGUGGUGGCAGCAUCCACGUGUACUCUCACCAAAGGAGCAACCAAACUGUCCAAGCUGUCCGCGCCAGCUCAGAGGAGAGGCUCUUACCAGAUCCCAUCCUGAAGCUGAGAAUGAUUAUUGGCUUCGGAGGCUACAGCACCAAAUGGGCCCUGUGGACUCAAGACAAUGCUGCGGUGGUCUACCCCUGCCAUGCCAUCAUUGUGACCCUGCAGAUCCGAACCGGAGAGCAGAGGUUCUUCAUUGGACACACGGAUAAGGUCUCGGCGCUGGCCUUCAAUGGGAACAGCACCUUGCUGGCGUCCGCGCAGGCUGGUCCCCUCAGCGUAGUGCGUCUCUGGGACUUCCCGAGGGGCAGCUGUCUCGCGGUGUUUAAAACCCACGUCCACUCCCUUUUGUCCUUGAGCUUUUCCCACAGCGGAGCCAUUCUGUGUGGCGUCGGGAAGGAUGAGCACGGCAAAACGAUGGUGGUGGUGUGGAACGCUGCUGAGGUGACCUGUGGUGGAGAUGUGGCCAUGCUGGCCAAAGCGCAUACAGAUGUGGACAUCCAGGCCUUGAAGAUUGCUUUUUUUGAUGAUACCAGGAUGGUGUCAUGCGGCCGGGACAACGUCAGGCUGUGGCGAGUGCGGAGCGGAGCGUUGCGCUCGUGUCCCGUCAAUCUGGGCGAGUACCAUUCCCUGGAAUUCACCGACCUGGCCUUCGAGGAGGGGCACACGGCCAUGCGGGAGACCGAGGACCGCACACUCUUUGUCUGCAGCAAGAGCGGUCACAUCUUGGAGGUGGACUACAAGAAUGUCAGCAUAAGGAACAUGCGGCGGCUCCUGCCCGCAUGGCCCCAGCGGCAGGAGAAGGCGGGCGGCGGCGCAGGCCCUGGGAUCGCUAUCAACAGUAUCAGCAUCUCCUCAAGCUUCUGUGCCACGGGCUCAGAAGAUGGCUACCUGCGGCUGUGGCCACUGGACUUCUCGGCCGUUGUCUUAGAGGCAGAGCAUGAGGCUCCGGUGAGUUCUGUCCGAAUCAGCUCAGACAACCACAAAGUCUUAUGCACGACGUGCACAGGGAAUCUGGGCUACCUCGAUAUCCAGUCUCGGGACUAUAACACCCUCAUGCGCUCUCACGAGGACUCCGUUUUGGCCUUCUCAGUGGAGGGGACUUGGAAACAGAUGGCAACAGUGUCUCAGGACAAUACCAUCCGAGUGUGGGACCUCGUCUCCAUGCAGCAGCUGUACGACUUCACAGCCGCAGAUGAAAUGCCCUGUGCUGUGGCCUUUCACCCUACCCAGCACAUCCUGGCCUGUGGCUUUGACAGUGGGAUGGUGCGGACAUUCUCCUUGGCUGCUUCCGAUCUCCUGGUGGAGCACAAGCAGCACCGCACUGCAAUCACUGGACUGACCUUCUCCCCAGAUGGCAUUUUCAUGUUCAGCUCCUGUUUGCAGGGAACUCUGGCUCUUUACACCUGUACAGAGCAAUCGAGCCAUGUCCUGAGAGUCCUGGGCAACGUGGUGGCCCGGGAUGCUGGGAACGGUCCGGACGCUUUGGUGGUCAGCGGGGACAGUCGUCUCUUGGCCUUCGUGGGUCCCUCCAAGUACGUUGUGACCGUGAUGGAGGCCUGCUCUCUAGAUGAGCUGCUGAGAGUGGACAUCAGCGCCCUUGGUUUGACCAGCACAGCCUUGGACUCUGCGGUGAGAGUCUGCUUUGCUUCUGUGCCUCGAGGCGAGCUCUUAGUGUCCACUUCUUCCAAUAAAAUCCUUGUGCUUGAUGCAAAAACGGGACGACUGGUGCGAGAGGUAUCUCCUGUGCACAAGGUGUCCUGCUCCUCUGUGGCGCUGAGCAAGGAUGGCAGGUACCUGCUCACUGCUGGCGACAAAGUCAUCAAAGUGUGGGACUAUCGGAUUUCAAGGCGUGCUCUUCCCCAGGUGUACAUCGGCCACUCGGAGCUGGUGCGCCAGGUGGCCUUCACCCCGGACCAACGGCACGUCAUCAGCGUUGGAGAUGCCAUCUUCCUCUGGGAUUUCCUGGCUCUGCCUGCGGAGAGAUCACCCCCAGCCAGAGGUCAGUCCUUCAAGUCCGCUCUGUCACCAGGAGCAGGUAAUUUCUCUGAGUCAGACAAUGAGGAGGAAGCAGGUCUGACAGGCAGCGGCAGGCUGGUGGCAAACGGAGACAAAGAUGCCUCGGUCCUUGUGGUGGAGUCGGUCAGAAACAAGGAGCUUGUUGUUGUGAGGCCCAAAGUACAGCAGGAGAGCUUAAAGUCUCCUGGAGUAUCAGCAAACAAACCCAGGAAGGAGACCAAAAGUCCCAAGUCCCAAUGCUCCAUCCGCCCAGAUUCCUACCGGCAUUUCGCCCCUCGCUUUAAGGCAUCGGUGCUUCCCCAGAGUUUCUUAUCUCCUCCGGCUGGCAGUGAGGUCUUGAAACUGAAAGCUGUGAUCGGCUAUAAUGGGAAUGGCAGAGGGAAUAUGGUGUGGAACCCAGACACAGGUUUCUUUGCCUACACCUGUGGCUGUGUCAUCGUGGUUGAAGACCUGCACUCAGGUUCGCAGAAUCACUGGCUUGGCCACGCAGAGGAGAUCUCUACGCUCGCCAUCAGCCACGAUGCUCAGGUUCUUGCCUCUGCCUCGGGAAAGACGGAUGGAGGCUCCUGUUGUCAGAUCUGCAUCUGGAACAUCCAGGAUGGGGUUUGCGCAGCGAGUCUCUUCCAUCACGAGACGCAAGUACAAGCCAUGGCGUUCUCUCGGGAUGACAGGUUCCUUGCCACCCUAGGGGACUACAGCGAUCAAACCUUUGUUCUGUGGAAUACCUACACUUAUGAACUCAUGUUGUCCACUUGCAUCUCGGAGCCAGUCCACGACGUGGCUUUUAGUCCUUUUUCUCACAGAGAACUGGCCUGCGUGGGGAAGGGAGCUGUGAUGUUUUGGCUGUUGGAGCAGCAGGGAGCCAAAGUCAACCUUAAGGUUCAUCAGGCCCGUGCCCCAGAUGUGUUAGGGCCAGUGGAGCUGACCUCUCUCUGUUAUGGUGAUGAUCCUCUUCUUUAUAGUGGGACCAACUCAGGCCAGAUUUGCGUGUGGGACACCGAGGCUAAUUCCUGCUUCAUGUCGUGGGAGGCUGACGAGGGUGAAAUCGGUGUGUUGGUGUGUCGGCGCAACCGGCUGCUGAGUGGCAGCAACAUGAAUCGCAUCCGCCUGUGGGCAGUGGCCGCUGUGCAGGAGCUGAGGCUGAAAAGUCCCGAUGCCAGGUCUAGCUCAGUCCUGCUAGAGCACGAGAUCACCCUCGAUGGGACAAUCGUCAGCGCAGCCUUUGAUGACUCCCUAGAGAUGGGAAUUGUGGGCACCACAGCAGGAACACUGUGGUACAUCAACUGGACGGAGAGCACAAGCAUCCGACUCAUCAGCGGCCACAUGAACAAGGUGACCGAAGUGUGCUUCAGUCCUGAUGAGACUCACUGUGCAACAUGUGGCGAAGAUGGCAGCGUGAGGAUUUGGUCUCUUGGCAGCACAGAGCUGGUGGUACAGUUCCAGGUGCUCAACCAGAGCUGCCAGGCACUGGCCUGGAAGCCUCAUCCUGUCGUUGCAUGGGGAGCCGAGAGCCAGCACGUAGUGGCAGGGUACAGCGAUGGCACCAUCCGUGUUUUCAGCAUUUCCAGGACAGAGAUGGAACUCAAAAUGCACCCCCACACUGUUGCACUGACGGCAAUCACCUACUCCACAGAUGGAGAAGUGAUCUUAUCGGGGAGCAAGGAUGGGCUCGUGGCCAUCAGCAGCCCUCGCACUGGAAUGACUAUCCAUGUCCUUGAUGACCACAAAGGCUCCCCCAUCACUGUCCUCCAGUGCACCAGGAAGCAGGUGAGACCUCGCCUUCUGCCUCGGCGAGGCGAGCUCUGGCUGGCCACCAGCUCGGACCGGCGGGUCAGCGUCUGGGCUUCCGACUGGCUGAAGGAUAAGUGUGAGCUGCUCGACUGGCUCAGCUUCCCGGCUCCUGCUGGCCCCGAGGGUCUCCACAGCCUCCCGCCCAGCCUGGCCGCCUUCUGCCCUUGGGAACCAGGGACCCUGGUCUACGUUGGCUUUGGGAUGCAGAAAGAAGCCUUGUUUUACAGUCUGCGUGAGAAACGGGUAGUUGAGAAGAUCCCCUUGCCGUACUUUGCCACCUCGCUCAGCCUGUCUCCUGCGGCAUGCUUCAUGGCUAUCGGCUUCGGUG